CGGACUCUCUCCUCCAGGACACUCACUGAACACAGCCAAAUCCAGCUCCAAGGUCUGGAGGUAACAUGGCCACAGGGGUCAUCAGGAAUUUCCACAUUCAGGCCCCGGCUCCUGCCUACUUCCACACUUUCUUGCACUCUCAGAUGAAGGAGAAGCCACAGGAACGAGAAGAUGAAGAAGAUCAAGACGAAGAGGAGGAGGAGGAAGUAGAAGAAGAAUGCUUGGAUCAGUUUAUUAUGAAUCCUGCUCAGAAUGUUCUGGAUGUGACCAGUCAGUUGCUGAGGUUUGCUGACCUCAUCAGUCAUGACGUCCAACGGUAUUUUGGCCGUUCCUCUGCAGAUCGAGAAGCUUGUGACAUCUAUGACGACUCGGUCUCUGUGGUGAGCAGCGGCCGGCUGCGUUACUAUGACGACCUGCUGAGGAUCGCACGUGCGGGGACUUCAGAGGAGCGGGUGAACAGAGUGAUGGCUCCAGAUGACAACCCAAGAUGCAUUGGUUUAGGGCCCCUGGCUGACCUGUUCAAUCACAGGGGCCUGAGUCAACUCAGGGUCCAGCCAAUGAUCAACAGGCACCUCCCACUAAGUUUCUGGACUGAGCCAAUCCCUCACUGCCCUUUGGUCGGCUUCAGUAGCACACCUAACAUCACACACACUAGCAGCAGCUCACCUGGACAGACCGACAGCAACAGACACACACAUUACAACCCGCUGAUGCAGCACGGCAUCACCAGCACGGAGCCAGACUUCAGUGACCUGCUGGCUUACUGGGACCCACACCCAGAGUUCAUUCACACACUGAUGGACAACACACAUGCAGAAUGAAACACACAGCUGCCUGAAACCGACAUGGGUUCCGACCUCUGCAGCUGUUCAACAAACAGAAAUGAACAAGAGCAA